AAAAAUGACAGCCGACUAGGACAAAAAAAACUCUUGUCAUCUGUCACAAUUCUUGUCGCACUCGGCAUUUUUUCUUCAAAAAAGCAAAUUUCAUUGUUUUGUGUAUUUGCCAAAUAAAAAUAAAACUAAAAUAAAAACCACAUUUUAAUAAAAAUAUUCAAUAUCCAAUUAAAAAAUGUCCGAAAUUCAAACACUUGUUGACAUGGGUUUCUCCAAAGAAAGAGCUGAAUAUGCUGUCAAAGCAACCAAUUUCAAAGGUGUCGAACCAGCUAUGGAAUGGUUACUAGCUCAUGCCGACGAAGAAAUCCCUGCUCAAGUCGGCGCAACUGAGUCAUCGACUGGUCAGAGUUUGCAGGCAACUACAUCGGCUGCCGGCCCAACCACUGCCACUUCAAAUGAUGCCGAAGCUUCAUCUAGCACUCCAGCAGCAACGGCGGCAGCGGGAGCAGCAGCAGAAACUGCCAAAUCCCUAAAAUGUGAUGAUUGUGGUAAACUAUUUAAAGAUCAAUCCGAAGUUGAGUUCCAUGCUGCCAAAACUGGGCACAGUAAUUUCUCAGAAUCCACUGAAGAAAAGAAACCUCUGACCGAAGAGGAAAAGAAGGCACAGCUCGCUCUUAUUGAGGAGAAACUAAAACAAAAGCGUAUUGAGCGGGAGGAACGUGAACGGGUAGAAGCUUCGGAGCGGGAGAAGAAUCGUAUCAAAUCUGGCAAAGACAUGACAGAGGCUCGUCAGCGGAUGGAAGAGAUGGAAAUGAAAAAGAUUGUAGAACAGAGAAAGCGAGAGAAGGAAGAGGAGAAGGCGGCUAGGGAACGAGUUAGAGCACAGAUUGAAGCUGACAAAGCUGCUCGCAGAGCAAGAGACCAAGGACCUACUUCACCUCAGUCGGCUGUAAGUUCGACAACUCCUACUCCAGCACCUGCUGCUGUUGUCACAUCACCCAAGCAACCACCCAAGGAUUACACAAACACUAGAAUUCAAAUCCGUUUGACAGACGGAUCCACACUAACCGAGACAUUUGGUGUCAAGGAGCAAUUGUCUGCUGUUCGUGUAUUCAUUCAGAUGAAGCAAGGAGCCGAUCUGCCAUUCGGUUUAAUGACAUCGUUCCCAAGAAAAGUUUUCUCUGAUGAUGACUUUGAGAAGCCAUUGGAGGUAUUGGGCUUAGUGCCUUCAGCUGUUUUAAUCGUUACCAAAGCAUUGGCGUAAUUUUUUACUUUAUAAUUUCUGUUCUCUUAUUAUUUACCAUUUGACUAAAUUCAUUUGGACAAAAAUACCAUACCUUCCUGGGCUCCCAAGGGUCGUGAUUUAUGUUUUUUUUUUUUAAUUUUUUGAAAUUUUUUAUUUGCAAAAAUUGAAAAAGAGCUAAUUUCGAAAAAGAUAUUCUUAAUUUUAUUUACACUUUUGUUAGUUUCUACAAAAAAAAAAAUAUGUGGGGUAGUUUUCUUUUGUUGCACGAAUUUGCAAAACACAAAAAAAAUAGAAUCAAAAGAAAACAAGUUAUAUUAUGUAUGUAGAUGUCAAUUGACAAAACUAAUAUUGCUACUAUUUAAAUACGAAAU